CUUUGACAACGUCGCAUUAUUAUCGUCGAGUUUUUCAUUAAUAAUAUUAUUUCUAGCUUUUAACUUACUUUACGAGAAAAAGAAUCACAGUGCUUGCUUGUGCGAAGAGAAAACAUAUUGAGUCCUUAGAAUAUAUUCAAGUUCAGCUGCAUUCUUGACAAGAAAAACAGGAAAAAUGGCUUUUAAUCAAUUACGUUCAUCAGCUUUAAAAAUUAAUUCUAUAUUAGCUAAUCGAACCUUCUUCACAUAUUCUAAAUCAAUAUCCCAACCUUUGGAACGUGAUCCAGCAUUUGUGGAAGCAAGAAAGGCGGUUGAAUGCAUCAAAUCAGGCGAUACUGUUUUUGCUCAGGGAGCAGCUGCAACCCCUAAUGUCCUUCUUGAAGCUAUGACUCAUCAUGCCAAGGAAAACAAUUUGAAGGAUAUUAAGGUCAUUCAUAUGCACACUGAAGGGCCAGCAUUGUAUGCUCAAGACGAUUGUAAGCACAUUUUCAGAUCGAUUUCGACAUUUAUGGGUGGUAAUGUUCGUAAGGCAGUUGCUGAAGGUCGUGCAGACGCAAUUCCAAUUUUCCUUCACGAAAUUCCACUUUUGUUCCGUCGUGGAUUAAUUCCCGUCGAUGUAGCUUUGAUUCAUUCUUCACCUAUUGACAAUCACGGCUACGGAUCACUUGGAACGUCUGUCGAUUGUGUACGUGCAGCCCUAGAAAAUUCAAAGUAUAUCGUCGCACAAGUAAACAAGCAAAUGCCUAGAACCUUCGGAGAUGGAAUAAUUCAUAAAUCUCAUUUCGAUGCAGCCGUUAAUGUUGAUGUUCCACUACCCGAUCAUCCUCAUCGCAAUAUGUCAGCUCAGGAAGAAGCAAUUGGAAAAUGGAUUGCAGAAAAUUUAGUCGAUGAUGGUGCAACUUUACAAAUGGGUAUUGGAAACAUCCCAGACGCUGUCCUUGCUAAGCUUCACAAUCACAAAGACCUUGGCAUACACUCAGAAAUGUUUGCUAGUGGUGUCGUCGAUCUCGUUAAUAAAGGAUGUGUCACUAACAAUAAGAAAGUUAUUCAUCGUGGCAGAAUUGUUGGAAGUUUCUUGGUUGGAUCGAAACAGCUUUAUGAUUUUGUUGAUAAUAAUCCAUUCAUCGAAAUGCUCGAAAUUAAUUAUGUCAAUGACACCAAAGUUAUCUGUCAGAAUCCAAAAAUGACUGCAAUUAAUAGUUGCAUUGAGGUAGACUUGACUGGUCAAGUAUGCUCAGAUUCUAUUGGUACAAGAAUGUACUCAGGAUUUGGAGGUCAAGUUGAUUUCAUUCGUGGUGCUGCUGAAGGAUUUGAUGGCAAGGGAAAACCAAUCGUUGCUCUUAUGAGUGUGACCAACAAAGGCGAGAGUAAAAUCGUCCCAACACUAAAAGUUGGCGCUGGAGUUGUCACAUCGAGAGCGCACGUUCACUACGUAGUUACAGAAUUCGGUAUUGCAUCUCUAUUUGGAAAGACAUUGAGACAAAGAGCACACGCUUUAAUUCAAAUUGCUCAUCCAGAUCACCGCGAAGCAUUAGAGAAAUCAGCAUUUGAGCGUCUUAAGACGAUGCCAACAUUUGAUUAAGAACAUAAUGUCUUACUGAAACCCCUAUUUUUUAUUCAAAUUGAAUUUAUCCUGAAUUCCUGAUAUGAUUUUCAAAAAUUCAACUGUAGAAGUUGGUUGUGUUACGCAAUAAUUGAUUUGCAUUUUAAUCUAGAAACGAAGAUAUUGCAUGUUUAAAUUAUUCACUAAAAAGUCAGAAAUUCGAUGAAAUAUCCAUUAAAAUUGACACUUUAUUAUAAAAAUAUGUAGUUUUAAAAACAAUCAAUUAAUAUUAACUUUAACUAGAGGCGUCCGAGUAAGAUUCAUCAGUUUUCGAUGAUGCAGAUUCCUUGAUUGCACUUAAUUUGUGCUUUUUCUUUUGUGGUGCUGGCAAUGACUGUGGCUCUUCAGACCUCUCUCGAAUCACAGAUAUUUCUCUCUUUAUUUGCACAUUUUCCUUUAGUAUCUCAUCCAUUUUAGCACUUAGCAAAGCAAUUGAUGGUCCUUGUGCAUGAUUAUUACUGCCGUUAUUAGACGACGAUGUUGCAUGCGAUAUAAGACUAGGAACAGUUUGUACUGCAUAUUUUAAAAACAUUACAACAAUAAAGAUAGUGCUGAUGCCAAAAAAUGCUAUAUAAAUGAUUUUUGAUGAUAUCCUGCUAAGGAAAUCCAUCGAUGAAGUCGUUUCAGAGAAAAAAUCUGUAAAUUCCUCAAAGAUUGAUCCAAAGUAGCUCAUUUGAAGCUUUGCUAGCCAUUUAAAGAACACUUCUAGUGGAUUACAAUAUUUUUUGGACGGUGUCAAUGUCUUUUUCAUGUAUUCCUUGCAUUCAUUCUUCUUACUUCCAGUUACCCAUGUUUUUAAUGACCCAAAAUAAUCUUGAUUUUCAGCAUGAUACUCUUUACAUGGAUUGUUGUGAAUCUUAUCUUUAGAGAGUGCCAUUAUCUGCUCUACUUCUAAAUCAUGCAUGCAAUCUAAGUACGUCAUAUAAUAACUAAUGCCACAGAUUCCAAUUAAGGACAUAAAAAUAAUUGUAAUGAAUUUGAGCCUUGAAAAGUGAAAUAUUCUAUUAACUAUGACUAUCGCGGUUAAGCUAAGUAAGAUCCAUAGAAUCGGAGAGCUGAAUGUCGUUAUUGAAUCAAUU